UAUGAUCCCGUUGAGUCGGCACUGCAUUUCCACCUAAUCAACAGUUUUCGCAUUUUCCAGGCCACCAUUUCCAUCUGCUUCCAGCUAAUACCAGCCGAAGACAGCUACUCCUUCCACAAGUUCAGCGGUCCUGUUAGUGGGGAAGUGACUCAAGUUGUAGUUCCUGGUAAUCAUCACGAAUCCCACGGGUCCAAAAUUGAUUAUGUCGCGAAGCCGGACUAUGCAUACUCUUAUGGGGUGCUGGACGACAAGACGGGCAACUCCCAGACGCACACGGAGUCGAGGGACGGCGACGCCGUAACUGGUGAAUACAGGGUGUUGCAAGCCGACGGCGUUGUCAGGAUUGUUAAGUACACGGCGGAUGCCGACAGUGGCUUCCAGGCCACCGUCGAGUAUGCCGACGUUAAUCAAGAUGAAUCGUGAUUGAUUUAUGUUAUUGGUUCAUGUAUUUUUGUUGUUUUUAAUCUGUGAUAAUUUUGUUGAAUUUGAAUUGUUGAAAUUGUUGUUUGAGUGAAUAAAUUUGUUUGACGUUUAGUAAAGGUUUUCAUUGUUUUUGUAGUUCCACUCCAUUCUUAAUCAUUCUUAAUGUCACCUUUCUUAAUGUCAUCUCAUUUAUGAAGAGGAGAGAAGACAUAGAGUUUUCACAUUAUACUGUUGUCUUUGAAAUUCUUUUCUUGUUCUCUGAAUCUGGUGGAAAGUAGUGUGAUGUUAAAUUUAUAAUUGAAAGAGAAUGUUCUUCAAAAUAUUGAAUUAAUGUAUAUAUUUUGAAGCUAAUCAUUAGUUAAAAGUAACUUGAAAGUGACUGGGUAUUCAUCACAAAUUAAUCCUUUGGACAACAAGUUCUGAAGACCAUUAGGCCCCAAAAAGCUCUUACAAAUCUAAUAUGAUUAAAGUUUAUCGACAACGCUCCGGGAUUUUGAUAAAUUUUAGAAGAGCCGUCCCGGAAAGUUUACAUCGAUUAUACGGACUUCGUUUUUGGAUCAACAAAGUUGUAUGAAACCUAACUGACCUAUUUGGAAGUAGUUGACCUCUUUACAUACGAGCAUUUGACAUCCGAGUGUCACCCGAACUCUUUCAUGUUUAACUGAAAGCUCUCUUUCAGUCGAUUUGAUUUUGAAUUCUCCUUUUUUACAUUGUUUGUUAAAUUCCCAUUGUUUUCAUACAUUCAUCCUUUAAAGAAAAUUAAAUUUUAAGUGA